UCACAGGAGGUGGUGGUGGCCCACGCUGCAUCAGCAUGCUCUCUGCUCUGCUCAUCCUCAGCCUGGGGGUCUCUGCGCUGGGUCCAACAGGUGCUCACAGCAGUUGGGUCAUCGGGGGAAAGGCAGUGGUGCCACACUCGCGGCCCUUCGUCGCCUCCAUCCAGAUGGACGGGCAGCACUUCUGUGGGGGCUUCCUGGUGUGGCCCAGGUGGGUGAUGACAGCCGCCCACUGCCCCGUUCCCAGGCGCAACCCCUCCGUCCGCGUGGUGCUGGGAGCGCACAGCCUGGAGCAGCCCGAAGAGUCCCAGCAGGAGUUCAGCGUCGAGGAAUCCAUCGCGCAUCCCCUCUACGACCCUCGGACGGUGGACAACGACAUCCGACUGCUCAAGCUGAACCACAUGGCCACGCUGAACGCAUUUGUGAAGCGCAUCCGCCUGCCCCGGCCACACAUCGACCUGAAACCAGGCACCCUUUGCUCCGUGGUGGGUUGGGGGGACAUCUCCAACUACGGCGAGCGGCCCAUCCAGCUGAUGGAAGCCAACACCACCAUCAUCAAGAGGAGCCUGUGUCGGACCCUAUGGAAGGGCCGUGUCUCAGGCAACAUGCUGUGUGGGGCCAGCCGCAAUGCCACGCUGCAGGGCGUCUGUGUGGGUGAUUCUGGGGGACCCCUGGUCUUCAAAGGGAAGGUUUAUGGUGUCGUCUCGUUCUCCGGGGAGAGAUGUGGGGACCGCCGGUACCCCGACAUUUUCACCAGGAUCUCCAACUACAUCGACUGGGUGCAUCAAGUUGUGCUCAGCCAUCGCCAGCCCCAAGGGCAGAAAAAGCACAAACCGGGCCCAGAGGAGGCAGGGGGGACCAAGGAGCAGCAGGGUGGGAAAGGCCAGGCCUCCCACAACCCUCUCCGGCUCCAAGGGCUUUAAUGUUCAAUGGGAACUGACACCAGGGCUCAUCGCUCCUGCCUCAGUUUCCCUACGUGCUCCAAGGCAAUGCAGGAGGCUGAUGGUAGCGAGGAGCUGAGCA